UUGGCCAGACAAGGGUUGAACGUGGUAUUGAUUAGCCGCUCGUGGGAGAGACUGAAAGACACAGCUGCAGAGAUCGAGAAGGAGCACGGGAGGUCGGUGAAGAUAAUCCAGGCCGACUUCACGAAAGGACCGUCCAUAUACGGACCCAUCGCGCAGUCCUUGGGCGGCCUGGAAAUCGGCAUUUUGGUAAACAACGUGGGAAAGACGUACCAGCCGGCUGAUAUCCCGUCCUAUUUCCUCGAUGUCACGGAGCCGCAGCAGGCAAUCGCGGACAUCGUCAAUUGCAAUGUUCUCUCGGGCCCGAUGAUGACUGGGAUAAUCCUUCCACAGAUGGUUGAAAGGAAAAAGGGAAUCAUCAUCAAUGUGUCGUCAGAAGCAGGAACCCACCCCCAUCCCAUGUUCACCAUGUACUCCGCCACCAAGGUCUUCAUCGAUUUCUUCUCUCGAGCUCUGAACACAGAGUACAAGACGAAGGGGAUUAUCGUGCAGUGUGUCAUGCCGCUGUUUGUGGCCACCAAGAUGAACUACAAGGACUUGGGGGUGUUCGUCAAAUCGCCCGACCAAUAUGCCCGAGAAGCCCUCAACACGGUGGGUCUGCAAGCCAGGACCAACGGCUGCCUCGUCCACACCUUACAGCAUCUGGCCAUCGAGUGGCUCGCCCCGGAGUGGUUCCGCCUCAGCGCGCUCAGCGUGGAAGCCAUUGCGAAACGCAAGGAGCAGGAGGAGCGUCGCAUAGAAGCGGCGCGGCGGAGGAAGCUGGAGUAAAGGGUCGGCGGGGCUGUCCUCGGGCAACUCUUAACGGCAUCUCAUCUAUCUCCUGGAGGCCUUACAACACCCCCAUCCCACCCCCCCACCCCCCCAACACUGAUUUCAACCACUUCGGACGUUAACCACAGCUCCCCACGUUCGCUCAGCCUUUCCUCCCGGCUUUCCGUAACCGUUCACACGGCCUCUGGGUCUCGAGAUGCAUCUCGGGGGGGGUCUCCUCGGAGCUGGCAACGGAACGACGGUCUCUAGCCCCCGAUUCCUGAGCCGGGAGGGGCCGCAGCGUCCCAGGGCAGUCACCGCUGAUGGCAGCCCGGCCCCGGCUCAUGCGCAGGACCUGGAAGGGCCGACCAGUCACUGGGGGUCAGGGAAUCCUCCCCCUCGGCUCCUGUUAACCCCACAGCCAAAGCCCAACUGACGUACGAACGAAAAAUAAAAUCGAUAGCAAAAUGUCCUUCUCAACUGCCCCCUUCCCACACCCCCCAGUUCAUUGCCCUCCAACGUGAACUCCUUCUCCUCUCCGUAGCCUGACCUGCUGAGUGUCCGGAAGCCACAUCGGUUAUUAUUCCAGAUUUCCGCCAUCUGCGGUAUUUCCGCCUUCUGAUUGUAGAAUAAAUGGGCUGUUCGGAUGCCGUGUUCAGUGUA